AUGUAUUGCACAUGUGCUCCCUGCGGCGAUGCGAGCAUGGAGCUCUGCAUGGCAGCCCAAGAAGACGCUACACCGUGGGAGAUUUCACAGCAAGAAGGCUCUUUGUCAGAAAUCCAAGACGCAGAGCUCCCAGAUACAGAGACCCUUCUAGAUGGCCGGGCCCAUUUCUCUCUUCUCGGGGUCGUACGUCGAAAGCCAGCACGCAUGGACGCCGAGUCCACACGCAGCAAGUCCUGCUCAGACAAGCUUGCAUUACGGCAGGUUUCCUCCUUGCUGUCCUGUAAGACCAGUCGCCUCAUUGCUCCUACAGAAAACGCCUAUCUAGCAGGUCUGAUUCUUCCUGAGGACGAAAUAAGCCAAGUUGGCUGUGACCGCUCCUUUGGCGAGAAUGGCCGAAUGCAGGCUUUGGGUGGGCGAUAUUGGCCUAGAGGAGCAAAUUUCAAAGAAAGCACACCAGGAUAUCGAUUCCGGCCAUUCCAGGUUCUUUCGGUGCCGAGUGAAGAGGUGACAGCACUUUGGCGUUUCGCCAAGCCCAAAUCCGGGCCUCUUCCUGCAGCUUCUAUGGAGCAGCAAGGAGACCCUUCGAGCCCCGGUACAAAUGUUAAAAAGACCAGGCCAGGGAAUGUGAGCGCCAUUUGGGUAUUGGCUCCCUCGUAUCAUCACCCAUUGGUAAUGACCAUGGAUACCGGCAGCAAGUCAGUGCCAACUCUUUGCCGUUCCAAGACUGGUUUGUAUGAGACUAUCAUCAACGGUGUGAAGCAAGGAAACCGGGCAUCCUCACCUGGUGUCCGUGGAGCCUCUUCUCUAUCCCGAGCCAAGCUUUGGUCUCUAUUUCGCGAAAUUGGGCCUAUAUCCGUUCCACGCACCUAUACAACUGAUGUCUCCCCAGCCGGACCGCUAUUGGGGACUGAAGAUUCGCAUAUCAAGGCAGUUCAACAACACAUGCCAGAUAUAACCACCUACCAGGAUUUCAAAAAUCCUACCAGAUUAGAAGACCCGUUGCAAAUCCGUAUGCAGGCCAUCAGGGAUGCGAAACUGGUUCUCAAGGGAUGGAUUCCUAAUGCAGGAGAUGAAUCUUGGGGCUUGGAUGUUUUGGUUGACCCCAAAAAGCGAAAGCGUUGA